AUGCCGCGGCUCUUGGUGCUCUGCGUGUUCGUAGCCAUCUUCAGCUACGUUUCUGUUUCUAUAGAGGUUUGCACCAGCUCCUUGAUGCCAGGAGCUAAAGGGGACCAAGGUGAGAUUGGAGAUGAUGGAGAUCAGGGGAAACUGGGGAAGAAUGGACCACCAGGACUUCCAGGAGUGCCGGGGGAGUCGGGCCUUAAAGGAGAAUUGGGCCACACAGGAAAGAUUGGGCCUACUGGAGACAGAGGUGACAAGGGGGAUAAAGGUGUAGAUGGACCAGCUGGUUUAAAAGGGAAACCAGGUACAAUGUGUGACUGUGGGAGGUACAGGAAGGUGGUUGGACAGCUCGAUAUCAAUGUAGGCAAGCUGGGGAAUGCAGUCAAGUUUGUGAAGAACGUGGUUCUAGGCUUGAGAGAAACAGAAGAGAGGUACUACCUGCUGGUGAAGGAGCCCAAGAGGUUUAGAGAGGCUUCAAUGAACUGCAAGCUCAGAGGAGGCAACCUGGCCAUGCCUAAAAGCACCAGCAUCAACCGUCUCAUGGCAGACUAUGUUAGUCAGGCAGGACUGACAAGAGUGUAUAUAGGAGUGCAGACUCAAACCAAGGGCAUGGACGGGAGCAGUCACGUUUAUGCAGACUCCACCCCUCUGCAGGGUUUUGCAUCUUGGAGCCAAGAGGAGGAGCUACAGCCCAACACAAACUCCAGCUGCGUGGAGCUGCUCAGCACUGGAACGUGGGCUCACGUGGAGUGUGAAGCCACCAUGUUUUUCAUCUGUGAGUUCCCGAAGAGCAGGAGAAGAAGAGGAGGAAGAGAGGCAGUUGCCUCGUCAUCAUCUUGACCUU